AUGGCGGACACGGUCGCGAUCCAAGACGAGAUCGCGCAGCUGGAGGAGAAGCUCGCGGACGUGCAAACACAGCUGAAGGAUGCAAAGUCAAGACUGGAAAAGGCGCAGGCAAAGGACUUUGCGGGCUCGGAACUGUCUUACGACGACAAGAUGGCGCUCAUCAAGGUCAACUUGCAGGAAGUGCUGAAUCCCGAGAUCAUGGAGGAGGCGCUGAAGAAGAAUGGCCAUUUGAAGGUUUACUGGGGCACUGCGACGACGGGUCGGCCACAUUGUGGAUAUUUCGUUCCUAUUCUCAAGAUCGCACAAUUCCUCUCUGCCGGCUGCCACGUCAAGGUCCUCCUCGCUGAUAUCCAUGGCUUCCUCGACAACCUGAAAGCCCCCAUCGAGCUCGUCAAGUACCGCGCGGAAUACUACCGCUACACCAUCCGCGCACUGCUCAAGGCCGUGAAUGUCCCGAUCGAGAAGCUCGAGUUCGUGCUGGGAUCGAGCUUUGAAUUAUCGCCAGACUACAUGAUGGACAUGCUGCGACUAGCAUCAACAACGAGCGAACGAGACGCGAAGAAGGCGGGUGCGGAAGUCGUCAAGCAGACAGAGAACGCGCCACUGAGUGGUCUCCUCUACCCGCUCAUGCAAGCUCUGGACGAGCAGUACCUCGACGUAGACGUCCAAUUCGGCGGCGUCGACCAGCGCAAGAUCUUCGCCCUCGCAAAGGAAGCGCUCCCCAAGCUCGGCUACAAGGAACGCGCCCAUCUGAUGAACCCCAUGGUCCCUGGUCUCCAGGGCGGCAAGAUGAGCGCUUCAGACCCGGACUCGAAAAUCGACGUCCUCGACAACGCUGACGCAGUAAAGCGGAAACUCAAAAAGGCACACGCCGUCCCCAAGGUCGUAGAGGACAACGGCAUCCUCUCCUUCGUCGAAUACGUCCUCCUCCCCGCCGGCCGCCUCAAGCACGGCGAGCCCAAAUUCGUCGUCGAGCGCCGCGACGCCGAGCCCCUCGAAUACAGCAGCAUCGCACAAAUGAAGGAAGACUACGCCAAGGACAUAUUAGCGCCCCAAGACCUCAAGCCUGCGGUUACCAAGGCGCUCAACGAGCUGCUCGAACCCGUCCAGAAGGAGUUCCAGGCGACGCCCGAGUGGCAGGAGAUUGAGCAGAAGGCUUACCCGCCGCCGCCGGCAGAGAAGAAGAAGGAGAAAAAGAAAAAGGACAAGGGCGCGUUUCAUCCCAGUGCGAAGAAGGUCGAGGCGAAGCCAGACGGGCAUGUUGAGGGCCAGGAUAAGGCGAGUGUGGACGUGGGCACAGAGAGCGGGGAGAAGGUCAUUGAGAACCUGACGUUGGAGGAGAAGAAAUAAACGCCAUGUCUCGACAUGUCGAUAUGCAUAUACCAAGGAUCGUUGCUAGACAUGAAUAUGAAAUGGUGAAAUACUCAUU